GAAAGGCUGAGUACUGUGGCUUUCUUCAUUUCCUGUUUUAAAAAAGGGUAAAAAAAAAACGCACACGACAAAGUAACGAGGGAUGUUAAAAUGUGUCACCACUAAAUUCCUUCAUGCAGAGCUGUACAAGAAACCUGUUGGAAACAUGCUUUUAACUCAAACUUGAAUUUUUCAGAUUCCUUUGAGGUCUGCAGGGAACAGAUAAGGAGACUCUUGGAGACCUUUAAAGUUAUCUUUGGAACCCAUGCCACUUCUUCAUCAUCUCUCAUUUGUCUUUCUGCCUGAGUGUAAGGACAUAUAAGAAGAUCGAUGCUUACUGUGCGAAUGGUAUAAGACUAUACUAAUGAUCUGUAAAGGUGGUACCCAUGGUCAUGGAGACUUCAAAAUCCACUACAUCUCAAAAACAGGAAAGGUUUGAGGACAAACUAGAGAGGAGGCUGGAAUGUCAUGAAAUCCUGCGAAGUCGAUACAACGUCACUUCCUGUCGGCAGGAUAUUUCCAGCUGGGGAAGAGACCAAGAAAACCAGGGACAGUCUCCACGUCAGCAGGAGUUCUUUAAGAGAAGACAUCUGUGGGCCGAGGGUUUGGAAAGCAGGCGAAUGUGGUCUCCCCCGAAGUUCCAAAAAUAUAUUAAAUAUUCUUCAUUGAAGCAAAGUAUACAUUUACAGUCCAUAACUACUGAUAAUGGCAUAUCAGCAAAUAAGGUUUCCAGAAAACAUAAUCAUUCUAAGACUUACCCAUUAGAUUGUAAAAGUUUGAACCUGGGUACACUAAACAACAGUUCUCAAUGGGAUUCUACGCAUGACCUAAUCAACAGGAAUAAGAUGUCCACGAAAGAAAAAGGAGUUCAGACAAGUGAGGAGUUAACAAGCAUCUAUAUAAAAAGAAACUCUAGCCAGCAAACAGAUCAUGCUACAGCAGUUUUAAAUGGGGAAUUGUUGGAACUUUCUGAAUACCUUAUGGAAGCUCUCCAUAGAGAGAGGAAACUGAAAAAGAAAUUGUGCUCCUUGCAGGAAUUGUUUCAUACGCUCUUACAGACAUCUGAAAAGUCAUUCAAGGCUCAAGUUAAUGAAGACAAACUCAAAUGUAAAGUGGAUGUCCUAGAAAAACAGCUUUUCAUAUAUUCUCAGAAUUUUUCAAAGACAAGUGUGAAAAAAGUCUUGUUAGAGAUGGAAGAACAGAAACAGAGGUAUGAAGAAAAAGCUAAAGAGUCUCUUCAGAAAUUAGCAGAAGAUAAACUUGCUGUAGAAAAAAAUCUUGAGAAUACAAAGGUGUCGCUAGCAGUGGUAUCAGGAGAGUGUGACUUAUGGAAGGAGGAAUAUGAGAAGCUGAAAAUGGAUUGGAGUGAACUGACAAGCAAACACAGCGAGCUGAAGAAUGAGUUGUACGUACUUCAAAGCAAACUACAGUGGAUAGAGACAAAAGAUUUGCAAAUGCAGCAGUUUCAGAGUCGACUGCAAAGUCUGGAGAGAGAAAAGACUGUACUGGAAGCCUUGAAUGAACAACUGCAAGAGGACAAUGAGCAAAAAAAGGAAAGGCUUGAUUCAAUGGAAGUUAGGCUGAGAAAUGCCGAAGUAAUAAAGCUGGAGAUGGAGAUAAAGAUGAAUGACCUUCAAAGUGAAGGUUUAGCCAUGAAUCAAACUCCAACCAUAACCUAUAGCCCAGGGACCUUAAAUGCUGAAAGAGUGCCAACUCAGCAACUGCAGGGAGACAGAGUAAAGCUGCUAACCGAGAAGCUAACAGCAAAGGAGAAAGAGUGUGUAUAUCUACAGACAGAAAUGGAUUCACUGACAGAGGAGUUUCAGUCGUGCCAAAGAAAGUUAAGGCAAUGCAGAGAGGCACUUAAGGGAACUCAUAACCAAAAACCAAAGAAACGUUUUGUUGCACUAAAUACUGGAUAUCUUCAGGGCAUCAGCACAAAAAAAGACAUGAAAGCCUCAUAUAUGAAUGCAGUUCAAGCGCAAUUUUCAGAUACCCACAAUGCAUUAUUCUUCCCAGAAUGAAAGCAUAUAAUUUGUUGUCUGCCAACAGGUUGCAUCUACCACAACUUGCAAGUGCUGCAGUAACAUGAAAGCUACUGAGAGCAAGUGUUGCAUGUAACAUUUUCAGAGUAGAGAUGUUGUCACUUCCAGUGUGCUAAUAACCAACGCUGUUAAUGAUAAUUUGCUUUGCACAAGUCAGUAGUGGCUAUUAAUAUACCAUUCUUAAAGAACCCUGGAAAUAGCAUCACCUCCCUGGAAGUGGUAAUCUAAUGGUAAUCUAGUGGUAAUUCCCAGGAAUUCCUUGCAUCUAAUGAAUGGGGCACAUUGGUACAGGCCUCAGGAUUGUAAAAGCAUGUUCAGGUGCAGGUACCUUUGUACCCUCCAGGAACUCUUAAAGAAAAUGUUGUGUGCACAAUACAUUGAGCAGGUACGCACAUGAGAGCAAAC